GACACGAUACACGAAGACGUCGGAAAUGACGUUAAAUUACGAGCCGGAAGCCACCGGAAGGAAUUAUUGCAAGCGAGGCCGGGCCGGGCUUCCUGCUUGUGCGGGAGCUGAACUUAACGAGCAGGGGGUGGGCGCGGGACCUUUGGCGGGCGGUGGGGAGUGGAUUGGGCCUCCCGGUGUCGGGGGAGAGCGGCUGCCGCCAUGGCCUUGUCAGAGAGUCAGCUCAAGAAAAUGCUGGGCAAGUACAAGUACAGAGACUUAACUGUUCAAGAAACCAUUAGUGUUAUUACCCAGUACAAAGACCUUAAGCCUGUAAUGGAUGGCUAUGUGUUUAAUGAUGGUUCAUCAAGAGAAUUGAUGAGCCUUACUGGAACAAUUCCUGUGAUUUACAGAGGCAACACAUACAAUAUCCCAAUAUGCCUGUGGUUGUUGGAUACAUAUCCAUUCAACCCCCCCAUCUGUUUUGUUAAACCCACUAGUUCAAUGACAAUUAAAACUGGGAAACAUGUUGAUGCAAAUGGAAAGAUAUAUCUUCCGUAUCUACAUGAGUGGAAGCAUCCACAGUCUGAUUUGAUAGGACUGAUUCAAGUUAUGAUUGUGGUGUUUGGAGAAGAACCUCCUGUCUUUUCUCGGCCUACUAUUUCAGCAUCUUACCCUCCUUACCCGGCAACAGGACCACCAAACACUUCCUACAUGCCAGCUAUGCCAAGUGGAAUGUCUCCUUACCCCCCAGGACCACCUCCCAACUCAAGUGGUUAUCCAGUCUAUCCCUACCCUCCCCCUAGUGGACCAUUUCCAGCAACAACUAGCACACAGCACUACCCUUCUCAGCCUCCUGUGACUACUAUGGCAGAUGGCAGAAGAAAGCAGAAACAGGUAUGGAUUUGUGGUCAUUCAUAUGUUUUCUGGGCAGAAAAACGGGCACUUGAGAGAAGCUUUGGCCCACAGUUGGGCAUUCCAUUGGAGGAUGCCAAAUUACAUUGGCUAGGAAAGAGCGGCAUGACAUGGGAUCAGUUAACACCCACCCUCUUGCAUACACUGCGACGUCUAUCAGAUCCUGAUAUACUGGUGGUACAUCUAGGAGGAAAUGACCUGGGGACAGCAAGUAAUUUCGAUAUCAUAAACCGAAUGAAGAAGGAUUUAGGACAUCUCAGACAGAUCUUCAGGAAUAGCAUUUUGGUCUGGUCCAAUAUUGUGCCCCGCAAAGUAUGGAACCAAGAGGUACCUCAUAAGGUGAUGGAGAAAAGCAGGCGAAGAGUCAAUAGAGAAAUCGGCUUCUUUAUAAAGGAUAUUGGAGGGACUGUGAUCAAACAUGAUUCCCUUGUACCAGAGUCUCCUGGAUUGUUUCAUCUAGAUGGUGUCCUAUUGUCUGAAAGUGGCACGGAUGUUUUCAACCUGGAUUUACUGAGUGUUUUGGAGACUUUGAUCUGACCGGAGGAAGAAUUACUGAUGCCGACUUUGUUAAAUAAGUAUCUCUCUAGCAAUAGAGAUCAUUAGAAGAAGAUUGCAACAAUGUGGCAAAAUGAGUUUGCAGACGCUGGGGUUGUCUUGUUAGAUUGCUAAUACAUAGUUUGAUAUCUCUGGCACUGUCCCACAAUUAUUACAGUAAUAUAUUAUAUUUAAAUGUGCAAAUUCCAUUUAAUAUUUUUUGUUGAAUUAAGUUCACCUUCUCAGUUUGCUCUGAAAUACUACCAAACAGUUUUACCACCUGAUUUUAAUUUCACCCCUAAAAAUACUCAGUGGAUAUAGUAUAGUGAUAAUCACCUAAACUGAUAUUUAUAAAGUUGUUUCAGUGCUAAAUUUUACAGUUUAGAACUUUAAAGUUUAGAAUUGGAAGGGGGGGGGGAGAGUAAGAUUUGUUACAUUUUUUGAAAAGUGCAGACAUGGAGGUGCUCAUUGCUUGACCUACAUAGACCAGGGUAGGAAUAUUUGUGGUGGAAAUUAAAAGCAGUGAGUUGGAGCCAAUACUUUGUGAUGUACCUGUAGAACAGCUUACCUCCAACCCUCUUCUUUCUGCAGCAUGUUGCACUCCCAUAAAUCCUGCACCAAAUUGUCAGUGGACCCUUGGGAGAUGGGAGGGGGUGGUAUGGCUCUAGAUGGUUUGCCUUGAGAGAGGGGAAUAAAAAAUUUCACAUGAUCUGAAGAGUUUCGUAUAUGAGGAGAAAAAGACAUAGCCUCCCAAUCCAAGUAUUUAAGCCAUAUUAAUGUUAUGUUGAAAGCAUUGAUACAAGAGAACUUCCCUUGUUUGUGACUUUAAUAGUUUGCGUUAAUAUGUUAAAGGUUUAACUGCAGAGAGGUUCUCCAGUUAUUAGCUCUGCGUGUCUCUAUUGCACAUAAGGAGCUUUUGCAUAUAGGCUGCUCUGUUCCUUUCCUAGAGAGCAAAACAUUGCAUACAAAAAGGAAUAAUCUUCAUUGGAAUAUGUGCUUCCUUCAUUGGAAUAUGUGAGAGACCUCUUCAUUAGCCUUAGAACUCCUAUGCUUGAAUCAGCUUGUUGGGUUGGAGUGCUGGACUUUAAAUGUUACUUAAUUUUCCAAUUGCCUCCACAGUAUAUUUUCUAUAAACUGUCAUCAUAGCAUCACAAGUAAAGGAUUUUGCAAUUUUAAAUGACAGCUGUGUAAAUAACGUUACUGAGGGUCCAUUUCCCUUAAUAAACACAUUUUGUGUGUGUAUUUCCUAGGCACUUCUUUUCCAUAGAGGUGUUACAGUUGAGCAGGAGACUGUAAAGAUAGCCAUUUUAAAAAAAAUCGAAAAACAUUAGGGGGCAGUGAGAUGUAUUUUUAUGUUAAAAUAUGUGAAACUGAUUUUCUGCCUGCCCUGUUUGACAGUGUCUCUAUAAGCUGCAUCAAUUUGUAUGAUCUUACAGAAUAAACAUAUUUACUAUCAA